AUUUCCCCUUUAUUGUAACGCUUGGCUUAUGCCUCUGGUAACGAAAGAUUGCACCCUUUGUCAAAAAAAAAAAAAAAGUGGUGUCCUCGUUGAUUCAAGUUCUGAAUUUUCAGAAUGGAAGCAGCAGCCACGGCGGCAUUACAGCAACUUCCUCCGGUGGUGGCGGCCUUGUCUGGGCAGGAGAGGCAAUCGCCCGAGGUCGCAGAUCUUACGUGGCACAAAACUCCCGCAAUCCUGGAACUGGAGGAAGAACCCAGGCUCAAUCGAUUAGGUUUAUUAUUGGAUUCGGGCCCCGACCCGAUAAGAAAAACUAAUGAACUUCCAUCCUUUACUUUCCCCGACACUAUCCUAAACCUCAACUCCUCUACUUUAUCCGCCAUUACCAAUCUCCCACCAAAGAAGCAGAUGAGGCCGGCCAAGGACAGCCCUUCUCCGGCCGCCAAGAGGCGAGGCCGCCCUUCUUCCCCGGCCAGAUCCUCCCGACUCCCCUCCAAACUGGCCUCGCCUGAGUCCGCCGACCGGACAUCGAGCCGGCAGUCAAGACUCACUCCCGCCGCUUCUCUGGUUGAAGGGGAGUUCGCGUCUCAACGGGACACCAUUGAUCUCUUCCAAGACCUUCAAAUUUCCGAAGAUUACGUCGUCAGCAGCUCCAGCCCUGAACCCAGGAGUUUUCCCAACAGCGUGAAACAGCAGUGCUGGGAGAAGGCAGAGAAGGUGAAGGGUCGAGACCCGGCCCGUUGGCGACGCGACCCGCUUGGGAACAUCGUUUUCCGGAAGCUCGUCGGAUGUGCUGGUUGUUUGUGCCAUGAUUAUGAUCACAUUUUGCCCUACUCCAAGGGAGGGAAAAGCACACUGGAUAAUUGUCAAGUCCUGCAGGCAACAGCUAAUCGAUCAAAGGGAAACCGAAUUGAGCUAUCCAGAGCUGAGCUCAUCCAGAGAAGUAACUACUGCCGUGUUUCAGGUCGUGAUAUGGAUCUUGUAGAACUAUUAGCGUACGGCAAUGUACAGCAUACCCAGGAUGCAGGCGGUUGCAGGAUCCAAUAACUGUCUCUUUCAUUUGGAACAGAACAUGGCGUCCAAUCUGUUCGCGUGUAGUGUAAUCUGUCUGAAUUUAGUUCAGAUACAUGGAGAUCAAAGGUGUAAACUCAUGUUCAGUGACCUGCUAGUUAAAUUUCAUGGAUUAGAACCAAAUGAUUAAUUACCUCGCUGUAGGAAGCGACGUUGCAGAGAAGCUAUAAAGCCUAUUAGGUGAGGAAUGAAAUAUACUCGCUCGUAUAUAAAAUCUGGACUCAAUCCGGCUUCCGGAUACUCCAAAACCCUAAUUUUGUUCGAUGAGCUGUUCAAGCAAUUACUGAACC